AAAAGCUUCAAAAAUAUAGAUAGAAGGCCAAUGAAAUGUUACACAGUUGUUAUGCAUAAUAUGUACAUGAUGUAGAUGUGUAUAUACUUUGGUGAAAUUGGGCUUAUUAAAUUGGGAAAACAGCAAUGAAGGUUACAUUCCUUAUCCUAUGCCUGAACAUCCUGGUCUUUUCUAACAGCGAAAACCCUGUCACUGGCAGAGGAUACAACAUCCUGUUUGGUAACCCUGAUGGAGUGAAUCCCAUAUCAGGUGGGAAAGACCCCGGCAUACUCCAGCGUAAAAUACUGAACUCUAAUAUCUACACGACAGAUUCACACUUUAACAUUACAAAUUUGAGUGUCUUCAAUAGCUUGGCCAAUACUUCAGAUACUUGUGAAAAGAUCGAUACGGUUGAGUGGUUUUACGGAGAAAAGUCAUACCAAGAGAAACUUUUAAAAUCGUUUCAAAUUUCAGGUGACGGUAACUUCCAAAUUCAAAGACUGGCCUUCACUUCAAGUCCACAAUUUGUUCACCACAAGUUCUAUACAUUUCCCAGUCAUCAGGUUGUACAGGAAUUCCAUGAAACUUGUUUACAUGAGGGUACAAAGUCUCUCUUUAGGGAUUUUACUUGGAAAAGCAAGAAUCCUUCAGUCACAGACGAAUUUGCAGCCGCUGUUUGCAGUCUUAGUUCUGUGUAUGAUGCACAAGAAUAUCGAAAGUUCUUAGAAACAUGGGGAACACAUGUUAUAUUUGCUGCUGAGGCUGGAAAGAAGAAAAUAAAAAGAUAUAAGAAGAUUGAUGUGGAAUAUUUUGAUUAUGUGGAAAACAAGGUGCCGGAAGCUAUAUUGCCUUAUUUAAACAAGGAUGCUAGGACAAUUGACUUCCGAGUUUUUGCUUCAAGUCCAUACUUUCAAACACGAUUAUAUGGAGAAUAUACGAAAAGUCUUCUUGUAGGCACUGACAUAGAACUAGAACCUGUGUUUCUAAAGCUUAUAAGUAUAGAUAUGAUUUUUCAAAAACAGUUUUGGGGUUUACUUGAUAGAUUCAUUGCACGCAGUACUUGUAAUGAUAUCACUAGUGUACAGACCAUUGCGAAAAAGAAGAUUUUGGUGAUACAAGCUUUGAACGAAUAUAAUAAUGAUGCCUCGAUUCCACAAGGUAAAACUGUAUAUUUGUGUUAUAAUUUUAAGAUACUAGUACUUAUAGUUACUGAUAAAAAGUAAACGUUCGUCAACGUG